AUGGCGAUGGCUGAAUUAGGGCAACAGACGGUGCCGUUGUCCACCCUAGUUUCUCGCACCGGUCAAGAUUCCUACAACUCUCUGAAGGAGCUUGUUGAUAAAUGUAGGUCCACCGAUUCUUCUGAUACUGAUAAGAAGAUUAGCAUGCUGAAAUUUCUUAACAAGACUCGGCAGAGGAUGAUCCGACUCAAUGUCCUUGCGAAAUGGUGCCAACAGGUUCCGUUGAUACAGCACUGUCAGCAACUGUCUUCGACUGUUUCGAAUCACGAUAUGUGUUUUACUCAGGCUGCGGAUUCUUUGUUUUUCAUGCACGAGGGGCUUCAGCUAGCUCGGGCACCGGUUUAUGAUGUUCCGACUGCUAUUGAAAUUCUCCUUACGGGGAGUUACGAGCGUUUGCCGAAGUGUAUUGAAGAUGUUGGUUCUCAGUAUGCGUUGACUGAAGAUAAGCAAAAGCCUGCUUUGAAGAAGUUGGACAUGCUUGUUCGGUCUAAGUUGCUUGAAGUUUCUCUUCCCAAAGAAAUUUCUGGUAUUAAAGUUUCUGAUGGUACUGCAAUGGUUAGGGUGGAUGGAGAAUUUCAGGUUUUAUUGACACUUGGGUACCGAGGACACAUGUCCUUGUGGAGAAUUUUGCAUUUGGAGCUGCUUGUUGGUGAAAAAAAUAAGCCUGUGAAACUGGAAGAACUGCGGCGAUAUGUGCUUGGAGAUGAUCUAGAGAGACGAAUGGCAGCGGCUGAAAACCCAUUUUCGAUAUUGUACUCGAUUCUUCACGAGCUGUGUGUUGCACUUGUUAUGGACACAGUAAUAAGGCAAGUGCAAUCCCUUCGACAUGGAAGAUGGAAAGAUGCCAUUCGGUUUGAGCUCAUAUCUGACGGCGGCACUGGUCAUGGGGCAAGUUCAAGCUCUGUGCAGAACGCUGAUGGGGAAUCCGAGUCAUCUGGUCUACGUACUCCGGGGUUAAAAAUUAUAUACUGGUUAGAUUUUGAUAAAAAUGCUGGUAUGUCUGAUUCAGGUACCUGCCCAUUUAUAAAAAUUGAACCUGGAUCAGACCUUCAGAUAAAGUGCACCCACAGUAACUUUGUCAUAGAUCCGUUAACCAGCAAGGAGGCAGAAUUUUUCUUAGACCAGAGUUGCAUUGAUGUUGAGGGGUUGUUGUUAAGAGCUAUUUGUUGCAAUAGGUAUACUCGGCUGCUGGAAAUUAAAAGAGAACUGGUAAAAAAGGUCCAGGUCUGUAGAACAGCAGAUGAUGUUGUGCUCCAGUCUCAUAUGGGUGAACCUGAUAUUGAAUACAAGCAGAAGGAAGAUAUGGGAUGCGCUAAGGAUUCUGAAGGGCACGAGGUACUUCGCGUGCGUGCUCACGGCUCCUCUUUUUUUACUCUUGGAAUUAGUAUCAGGAAUGGCCGAUUCCUUCUGCAAUCAUCACAAAGUAUAGUUGUCUCUUCUGCCUUGUUAGAAUGUGAAGAAGCUUUAAAUCAGGGAUCUAUGACUGCCGCCGAGGUCUUUUUAAGUUUGAGAAGCAAAAGUAUGUUGCACUUAUUUGCAUCUAUUGGAAGGGUCUUGGGCCUUGAGGUAUAUGAGCAUGGAUUGAAUACAGUCAAAAUACCCAAAACCUUUUUGAAUGGUUCAGCUAUGCUAAUGAUGGGGUUUCCAGACUGCGGAAGCUCUUACUUCCUGCUCAUGCAACUCGAUAAAGAUUUUAAAUCCUUGUUUAAGCUGUUAGAAACUCAACCAGAUCCAUCUGGAAAGGACAAUUUAUUUGGCGACCUUAAUCAGGUUCUGCGGUUCAAGAAAAUUGAUAUAGAACAAAUGCAGGUGCUUGAAGAUGAAAUGAAUUUAAGCAUGGGGGACCGGGAAAAGUUACAUUCCAUUUUUCCCAAUGCUGCUUGUCCAAAUCAAACGUCUGGACAUGAAAUUUAUUCUGAUAUCUUCCUUGAGAAUUCUACACACAUUGCUAGAGACCAUCACCCAUCAGUUUUUUCUUUAACGGUUGAUGAAGUUUUUGGACUAGAGAAAGUAUCUUCUGCACCUCCAUUUCCUGUUCAAAAUCUUUCUUCACCAUUGAAUACAUCUCUUCCUUCUCAUUAUGGUUCUCUCCCAAUGAAUAGUCAUAGUUUAAAGACUGGAAUCCCAUCUUCAAAGUGGGAAGGGGGCAUGCAGAUAUCACAGGCUAGUAAUAAUAACGUAACUACUCACUAUAAUGGUUCCUUGUUCUCAGCAAACAGUGUGAAGGGUCCAGUUCAAUCCAGUUCUGUUGGCUCAGUUCCCACUGGACAAGGGAGGAGCACUGUUGGGAUACAGUUAUCUGCCUCAAAAUCUGAGCAGGAUUUGACUUCUGUUAAAUCUCCGCAUUCAGUGGACAUUACUUCCUCUACUGCAAUGGAUGAAGAUACUGCUAAUGAUGCUUUAUCUGGAAGUCGUUCAUCUCUAGUAUCUCCUCCCCGGCCUCCUAUCUCUCGAAUAUCUGCACCUAGUUCCAGACCUAAUGUACCACCAGUUGAAUCGUUCAAGACUGCUGGAUUUAGUUCAUGUGAUAUGACUGCCGUGUCCCAGGGCAUGGAAUGUGCAGUUAAUUUUAGCACUAGUGAGGAUGGUAUAUCUGAACAUGAUAAAAAAUCUCGUAAGCGAACAACAUCAGAUAUGUUGAGUUUGAUUCCAUCUCUUCAAGGUGUUGUCAAACAUCAAGGAAUCUGCAAGAGACGAAAGAUUUCAGAUUCACGUGGCUCUCAAUUGUCUUUGCCACACAGCAGUAUAACCCCAGAAGUGAUUCCUAAAGCUGAAGCGUGCAGUUACGGAAGUUUAAUUACAGAAGCAAAUAAAGGAAAUGCUCCAUCUAGCAUUUAUGUAGCGGCCCUUCUUCACGUGGUCAGGCAUAGUUCACUUUGCAUUAAACAUGCUAGGCUAACCAGCCAGAUGGAUGCCUUAGAGAUACCAUAUGUUGAAGAAGCAGGUUUUCGAAGUGCUUCCUCUAACAUUUGGUUUCGACUUCCAUCUGCAAGAGGUGAUUCAUGGCAACAUAUUUGCUUGCGACUUGGCAGACCUGGUUGUAUGUACUGGGAUGUUAAAAUAAAUGACCAGCACUUCAGGGAUUUAUGGGAGCUUCAGAAAGGGAGCAGUAAUACACCAUGGGGUUCUGGUGUUCGAAUUGCUAAUACAUCUGAUAUAGAUUCACAUAUACAUUAUGAUCCAGAUGGUGUUGUUUUGAGCUAUCAAUCUGUUGAGGAAGAUAGCAUAAAGAAAUUAGUGGCUGAUAUCCAAAGGCUAGCCGAUGCAAGAACAUUUUCCAUUGGCAUGCGAAAGUUGCUUGGUGUAAGAGCAGAUGAGAAACUGGAAGAGUUCCUUACAAAUAAUGAUGUCAAAAUAUCUGGUGGCAAGAUGGCUUCAGAUACUGCAGACAAACUAUCGGAACAGAUGAGAAGGGCAUUCAGAAUUGAGGCAGUUGGGCUGUUGAGCUUGUGGUUUAGCUUUGGUUCAAGUGUCCUUGCUCGUUUUGUUGUUGAGUGGGAAUCCGGUAAAGAGGGUUGCACAAUGCAUGUAUCUCCUGAUCAACUUUGGCCUCAUACCAAGUUUCUAGAAGACUUCAUAAAUGGAGCUGAAGUUUCGUCGCUUCUGGAUUGCAUUCGGCUGACUGCUGGGCCGUUGCAUGCUCUCGCAGCGGCAACCAGGCCAGCACGGGCUGGUCCUAUUCCGGGUGUUGCAGCCGCUUUAUCUUCUUUCCCUAAACAGGCCAGUUAUAUAUCCUCACAAGGACUUCUGCUUGGUAGUUCAACAUCAACCGCUAAUGUUGGUCAGCCUGCUUCUGGUCUUGGAGCAAAUACCGGUGUGUCUAAUGCUACUGCUGGUAUCUCUAACCAAACUCUUUCAAUGUUAGCUGCUGCUGGCCGUGGUAGCCCAGGCAUUGUUCCAAGUUCACUUUUGCCCUUUGAUGUCUCUGUUGUGCUCCGUGGUCCUUAUUGGAUACGAAUCAUGUACCGAAAACAGUUUGCAGUUGACAUGCGUUGCUUUGCAGGAGAUCAGGUGUGGUUGCAGCCUGCCACACCUCCUAAAGAGGGUCGUCCUUCUGGAGCGUCAUUACCAUGCCCCCAAUUUCGGCCUUUUAUCAUGGAACAUGUGGCCCAGGAAUUAAAUGGAUUAGAUCCUAGUUUUACUGGACAACAGGUCGGUGGGCUGACAAGUUCAAACAGUACUAACCCAAAUUCAGGGACCCAAUUGAUGGGUGCAAAUGGAAACAGAAUAAACUCUGCUGCAAUGUCUAGGACAGGAAACCAAGUAGCUAGUUUAAACCGUGUGGGAAAUGCUUUGGCAGGGUCAUCAAACUUAGCUUUGAUGACAUCGGCAGUACCUCCUCGAAGGCCACCUGGAACAGUUGUCCCAGCACAUGUUAGGGGUGAAUUGAACACAGCCAUUAUUGGUCUUGGUGACGACGGAGGAUAUGGAGGUGGUUGGGUUCCUCUUGUUGCCCUUAAAAAGGUUUUGAGAGGCAUUCUCAAGUAUCUUGGAGUGCUAUGGCUAUUUGCCCAGUUACCAGAUCUUCUGAAAGAGAUCCUAGGAUCCAUCUUGAAGGAAAAUGAAGGUGCCCUUUUGAACUUGGACCCUGAGCAGCCUGCAUUGCGAUUUUUUGUUGGGGGAUAUGUAUUUGCUGUUAGUGUCCACAGAGUUCAGCUUCUUCUACAGGUGUUAAGCGUAAAACGAUUUCACCACCAACAGCAGCAGCAGCAACAAAACUCCAGUCCUGCACCAGAGGAACUGAGUCCAUCUGAAAUAAGUGAAAUAUGUGACUACUUCAGCCGUCGGGUGGCAUCCGAGCCCUAUGAUGCUUCUCGUGUUGCUUCAUUCAUAACCAUGCUCACCUUACCUAUACCAGUUUUGAGAGAAUUCUUGAAGUUAAUUGCUUGGAAGAAGGGAUUAGCUCAGGCACAAGUUGGAGAUGUCGUUUCAGCUCAAAAACCACGAAUUGAAUUAUGUCUUGAAAAUCAUGUUGGGUUGAACGGGGAUGAAAACGCAGAUAGCUCAUCUGCAUUUAGAAGUAACAUCCAUUAUGAUCGUCUGCACAAUUCAGUUGAUUUUGCACUUACUGUUGUUCUAGAUUCUGCUCACAUCCCACACGUCAAUGCUGCUGGUGGUGCUGCUUGGUUGCCUUACUGUGUUUCUGUAAGGUUGAGAUAUUCAUUCAGUGAAAGUGUUAAUGUAUCCUUUCUCGGCAUGAGUGGUAGCCAUGGUGGGAGGGCAUGUUGGUCGCGUGUUGAUGAUUGGGAGAAAUGCAAACAGAGGGUGGCACAAACAGUGCAGGUUAGUGCGAGCUCAGCAGCCGAUGUAAGUCAAGGUAGGUUGAAAUUAGUUGCAGAUAGUGUGCAAAGAAAUUUGCAUAUGUGUAUUCAAGGGCUUAGAGAUGGUAGUGGGGUCACAUCCAGCUCUGGAGCAACAUGA